GAUGAUUAAUUAAUAUAAUUUUAAGAAAACACUCAUUCAAAAUGAGACAGAAAAAACUUUGAUAGGAACAUCAUGAUAAGAGAAGGAAAAGUUUGUCCACUUUGAUUAACACGUGUCACCUCUAUCCUCUCCUAAGACGCCACUUGUUCACCUGUCGCCAUCCAAGGGCAUUUAGGUCAUUUAACAAGACAUCAUCUCUCUCUCUCUCUCUGAGUUUCCCUCUUCUUUCCUCGAUUGAUCUCUCUUUCUUUCUUUCUCUCUCUCUCAUCCAACACUACACCAUUGUUUUUCUCUGAAUUUAUUCCUUCGUUUACUGCGGCCGUGAAAGUUUGAAUCCUGAAGAAAGAUCUGAUUUUGGAUAUUCAGAAAGAAGAAAAAUGCUAACAUUGCAUCUGGGUAUGCAGGAUUUGGAUCCUAAAAUGGCUAAAUCUGCUUUAUAUACAACAUAGCUUCUUAGUAUUAUUCUCCGUUUUUCUUUAAGAGUAGAGAGUUAUGGAUGAAACAGGUAGAGGAAAGAGAAGCAUUCACAAAAUGGAAAAACUCACUUUAGAAACAAAAAUAUUUCCUCGAGAUUUCUUGCAGGGUUUCCUAAUUCCUAAUCCGACUCAAUUGUCCAAGCCAAGUCCUAGUAAUGAAGAAGAUGAUACCGAGUUAAAUCUCGGUUUAUCACUUGGAGGGAGAUUCGGCGUCGACAAUAAUAGUAACAAUAAGCUGCUUGUAAGGUCCACUUCAAUUGCUGGAACUUUCCCUGUCGUUCGUGAAGACGACGUGUUGACUCCACCGCCGGUAUCAUACCAUUCGUUGAUGAGAACGUCGUCGCUGCCGGUGGAGACCGAGGAAGAGUGGAGGAAAAGGAAAGAGUUGCAGACGUUGAGACGGAUGGAAGCGAAGCGACGGCGGUCGGAAAAACAGAAGAAUUUGAAGAACGAUUCCGGUGUUGAAUUGUCAGCGGCACAGGGGAUCCGAUUGCGUUCCUUGGUGGGUCAGCCGCCUCUUAGGGUUCCUCCAGUAGUACCAAUGGAUCAAUCUCAAUGCGGGAGUUCUUCUGGGAUGUCUGAAUCAGAAAAUAGAGCUGUUCAAGCAGGAUCGAGUGGGGAAGCAAGUCCUGCAGGCAGCAUCCAGGCCUCAUUGCAGGAACAAGGCAGUGUGGGUGGUGGCGGCUGUUCUAGAAGUCAGGCUGCGGCGAGCAAGGGAAAGAGAAAGGGAAAGGGCGGUAAUGAUGAGGAAAACUUAGAAGAGAUGCCUUGUGUGUUCACUGAAGGAGAUGGACCAAAUGGAAGAAGAGUAGAAGGAAUACUUUACAAAUAUGGAAGAGGAGAAGAAGUGAGAAUAAUGUGUGUAUGCCAUGGCCAUUUUCUAUCUCCUUCUGAGUUCGUCAAACACGCCGGAGGCAGUGACGUCGCUCAUCCGCUCAAGCAUAUUGUCGUCACCACCACUUCAUCACAGUCAUGACACCUAUAGUGAUUCCAAUAAAGAAAAGUACAACUCCGCUUGCUCUUGCUGCUGCUGAUGCUGCAGCACUACCCUUAUGAUGAUCAUUAACCGAAGAAGUUCUUUCCCUUGGCCGCGGCUUUUCUUUCUCUUGGUUUCUUCCAACGUUUGUAAUUCGAUGUCCAUCGGUUACCAAAACUGGACAUACAGUCGGCGGCAUAGUGGAAAGUGGUUUAACGGGAUUUCUACUUGUAACAGAGAUGAUGCCCGGAUGGAAUGUUUUAGUGGCUAACAACAAAUCAUCUAUUAUAUCAUCAUGUCUAUGAACGCCAUAAGAAGUACUUUCUAGAUUGAAGUUCUCAUUUUCUGUAAUAUUAUUCUCCCAAAUGGAUUUUCUUUCCAAGGAGUUUUCUAAACCAAUUAUGUUGGAUGGGCGAUCCUUAUGAUCCCAAAUUCUGCUAAUUCCUUGUGAUUCAUUAAAUUGUUGUUGAUGAUUAUGAACA